UCGGCGUCGCCUGGGUCGGGGAAAGGGGCGAGCGUCCCGGGCGGACCAUGUUCUGCUACUCCGAGGGGCUGCUGGCCGCCUUCUCGGCCGUGCUGCUGGCGGCGCUGGCGCUGAGCCGGAGCGCCGGGCUCUCCUGCCUGCUGACGGGCGGCCUCUACUUGGCGCUGCGGCUCUGCAGCCUCCAGCCCGCCGACCCGGAGCGCGCCGAGCUCAUCGUCCAGCCGCGCCGGAGCCCCGCGCGCAUCGCCCACCGCGGAGGCGGCCACGACGCGCCCGAGAACACCCUGGCCGCCAUCAGACAGGCAGCUGAGAAUGGAGCAACUGGUGUGGAACUGGACCUCGAAUUCACGGCCGAUGGUGUUCCUAUUCUGAUGCAUGAUGAAACAGUUGACAGGACCACGGAUGGGUCUGGAAGCUUACGUGACUUGACCUUUGCUGAGGUCAGAAAAUUUAAUCCAGCUGCUAAACACAGAUUAUGGAGAGACUACCGUGGGGAAAAGAUACCAACCCUGAAAGAAGCCGUUUUGGAAAGCAUGCAUCAUGACCUCAUCGUUUACUUUGACGUCAAGAGCCAUGCAGACCAGGCAGUUGCAGCCCUAAAACAACUCUACCUGGAAUAUCCUCGGCUGUACAACACUAGCAUUGUUUGUUCUUUUUUGCCAGAUGUCGUCUACAAGAUGCGGCAAGCGGAUCGGAAUGUUGUGACCGCGCUCACUCACAGACCCUGGAGCUUGAGUCACUGGGGAGACGGGAGACCUCGCUUCAGCUCCUUCUGGAAACACUACUUGACUCUCGGCCUCGACGUCGUCAUGGACUGGAGCAUGCACAAUUUCCUCUGGCACUUCUGUGGAGUUUCUGCUUUUCUGGUGCAGAAAAACUUCGUUUCGCAGGAGUAUGUGAGACAGUGGUCUGCCAAAGGAAUCCAGGUGGUUGCUUGGACAGUCAACACAAUUGCUGAAAAAAUGUACUAUGAAAACGUUCUCCAGGCCAGCUACAUCACCGACAGCUUAAUCGAAGACUGUGACCCCCACUACUAGUUUCCACCCUUUGCUGGACUCUUCUGGGUUUGGUUUAUUAGGCAGACUGAUGUUAAUCAGCAAUGGUGCUUCAGGGAAUUCAGAUGAUCAUGGGUGUGCUUGUUUUCUUGGACGGGGCUACAGCAAUGUAAACUGCCUCCAGAAUUUCUCCUUUUGCCAUACUGAAUAGAGACUUCAAAUUACAAUCAUUGUUGAUCUUGAGAAGGACUGAGACUCUCUCCGUGGCGAGAAGAAACGACCCGUGCGGCUGUCCAAGACUCAGACUGGCAUUACUGACUUGGCCACAGCGUAUGUGUAGGAUUUGCAGAUUUACCAAGUCAAGCUGCUUAUUCGGACUAAGCUCUGAUACUAGAUCUCUAUAAAUUGCCCUCGUGACUUGAAGUGUAUUAAUCAUCCUGCCUUAGAGGGGAAUCAGGAGAGGAUGAGCCAAGAGCAAGCACUUUCUCCUCACCUUUUCUCUGAAACCUGGGGAUUGUGCUUGAAAAUAAUAUAGCGUAUCCGAUCACUUUGGGGUCCACAUGCGUCUCCUAGGGGCAUGUCCUUAAGGAUCAUUAGUGCAGAAGCAGAUCCAGGAAACCGUCUAUACAACAAAGAGGACUAGGCGUGGGCGUUUACUGGCACACGCUGGUCUGGAAGGGGCAGCCAAUAUACUUAAGUAUGUUGUAAGUAUUGGCUUCCAAAGUCACAUUUGGUGCUGAGGACACAGCUAUUUGAAUUUGAUCCCAGGGCUCCAUACAUAUGACAACAUUUAGGUGAAAAUUAUUUUUCUUGUAAAUCUUUCUAAGGCUGGUCCUGUGAGCAAGAUUCUACUUUGGGGUGGGGGUAUUUAAAAUGGACCCUUCUUGCAGAUUUAUUCCCAGAACAUUUUAGGCUAAUCGAUUUCAAAAUUACUUUGACAUCUGUAGUCAUAGAAUCAUAAAAUGUUAGAGUUAGAAGGGACCUUGCAGGUCAUCUAGUCCA